ACUACUAUGCUACAGUUCUAAUAAUUAUCAUAAUAUUAGUGAGAACCAAUUUUCUCAAUCUUUUCUUUUGAAAACGAAAUCAUGAUCUUGAGGAUAAACUCGUGAAUGAAAAAUCUAAUAAGUUAAGGACCCCUCUCUCUCUCUUUUCUGUCUAGAGAGAGAAGCUUUUAUCUUUCAUCGCCGUUAACAGGGCUAUUCCGUUGCCGUGUUCUUGCCGUCAACAUGAUUUUUUCAUUGCCGUAGACAUGGCUUUCCGUUGCCGUGUUUUUAUGUCGUCGCUUUUGUUAGGUGUUGUUUGUUUGCUUCCAAUAAAGGGGAAUUGUCUUUCGUCUCUGUCUUUACAGAGUUUUAUGAGAGAUGACACACCUAUCUUAUAUGUUUAUAGUUUAUACAAGUGUUUUUAUGUUUGUUGGAUUUGAAGCGAAGCUUAACCAUCUUAUGGUGACUUAGAUCUAUUUAGAACCUUUAGUUGGUGGCUUUUCUCCGGAUCGUCAUGUUGGGUAUACGGAUUACUGAAAUUUCAAGGAUAGUUUGCAAAUAAAAUUGAAGAAAAGAAAGAAAUUUCCUUCGCGAUUUUAAGAUGCCUUUUAGCCGUGAUUUCAAUUGUUCGGAGUUUUGAUUCGUUUUGCAACCAGCUUUGUCGGUGAAAAUCAGAAGAAUCAAUAGUCGAAUUUCAGUUAUCGGCAAUGAUUUUCUUCACCAGAAUCAGCAUCUUAGAUGGCGGUGGUGAUGUCGGAAAGCUUUUAGAAUUUUCAUCCAACACGUGUACCACUGUUGACACGUUUGUUUGGGAAUGAAACUAAUGAUAAACUUUCUUCAAGUUGAAGCAAUAUAUUGUGUGGGCCUUUAUGGGCUGUAAUCUGUUUUGUAACCCAUGUUGUUAUGAAUAAAAUCCUAAUCUUGCGAGAAAAAAAAGAAGAAGAAGAUAAACUCGUCAAAAGACCCAAUUUAUCUCUUUCUCACAAGAAAAUAAUAAGUAUAACCAUUAAAA